AUGUCAACCGUGUCAGAUCAGCGGAUGAAAGGACAAGGAACUCAUGGAAAUGGCGAUUAUAAUUCUUGGAGUGCGCAAGUGAAUCACGGUCCAGGAGGUGCAGGACAUCAGAAAAAAUCGGACGAUGGCUACUACCGAAAUCAUGGAGCUUACCAGAGUCAUGAUAGUGUCAGGAAUGUCGAAAAAGGUAUGCAAGGACUUGGGCUUGGUUCCGCGGCACGUAGCGGUAACAGCGACGGCAAUUCCGGUGUAUCGAAAUACUAUCAGCAACAGCAGCAGCAAAAGGAAGCUCCCAAAAAGAUGACCUGGGCCACGAUCGCUUCGCAGCCGGCUAAACCGCAAGUGAACACCACCAGUACGACGGUGAAGAAGAAGGGCCCUGGCAUGCCGCCGCCACCGAUGAUUCCUGGCAAGCACAACAUGGACAUAGGUACCUGGGAUUCGCCGUCGAAGAACGGUCCAAGCGUAAUCGUACCGACGCCGCCGCCGAUUAUUCCACCGCCGGUCAUCGAACCGUCUCCACUGGCCGAUCCUAUACCGUCCAAGUCGGGCGGGGGUCGCGAAUCGGUGGGCGGUGCCACAUCGCAGCACCACAGAAACAACUCGCAGAACAUGGGACCGGCCGGCAUUCAAAGCUCCAGAUGGCCAACGCCGGGCCAGGCUCAGAUUCAACAGCAACAACUGACUGCACCACCGCCAAGUACCACCGACAGGAACAAUGGUCCUUCGGCGGGAGGCAACGCUGACCAAGCGGGAAGCGGCAGUAACGCUGGGUCUGGUGGUAGUUCCAUGUCAUCUGGUCCCCAUCAUCAAAACCAGCAGCAUCACCAGCAUCAGCAAGGUCCACUUGCGCGCAACCACUCGUCGCAUUAUCAGCCACAGCAGCAGCAGCAUCCUCAUAAUCAGGACAGGCCCGGAUCAAACUACGAUCGGGCACCGCACCAUCAUCAGCAAGGUACUUCGCAACAUGGUAACAGCUACAGUCAAUCUCGCAACCACAAUGCUGCCUACUCUUCGUCCGGUCCUAGUGGAUCGGCCAGUACUGGACCGUCAUCCGCAAUGAUUGAUCGCCAAAACAGUGGAGGUUCCGGAGCGGGUAGCUUCCGGCAGCAGAAUGAUGGACAUGGUGGGUCGCAUCCACAGCAUGGUUCGCAUCAUUCGCAGCAACAGUCGGAAAGACCGGCGUUCCAUCAGCAGCGUCCAUCGAAUCACCAUAGCGAUCGUGGAAUGGGCAGUAGCAGCUACCAUCCAUCUGCCGAUCGAGGACAUUAUGGAUCCAACAGUGGUUCGGACGCGGUGGCGCACAACAGCAACUCGUCCGUACCGCCAGUUGCUACGAGUGGUCCAACGAUAAAGGCACGUUCACCAUCGCCGUCUAUCUCGGACAGCGAAAUGGCACUCAAGCUGGCCGAGUCGCAAAAAAUUCUUGACCAACUGAAGACUAAGAACAACUACAAUCCAGCUUCGUUGGAUCUGUUGAAAACGGUCGAAUUAGCAAGAUUCUUCGUCAUCAAAUCGUACUCGGAGGACGAUAUUCAUCGAAGUAUUAAGUACGAAAUAUGGUGCUCUACCGAACAUGGCAACCAGCGUCUGGAUCAGGCAUUCCGCGAGCGUGAAGAGAAGGGCGGCACAGUGUAUCUGUUCUUCUCCGUGAACGGUUCGGGACACUUCUGUGGAGUGGCGCAAAUGAUGACGGCUGUCGAUUACAACUCCAAUUCAAGCGUCUGGUCACAGGACAAAUGGAAGGGAACAUUCAAGGUGCGCUGGAUCUACGUGAAGGACGUACCAAACUCUAAUCUGCGCCACAUUCGGCUGGAAAAUAACGAAAACAAAUCGAUGACAAAUUCGCGCGACACGCAGGAGGUGCCGAAUGCGAAGGGCAUUCAGGUGCUGCAGAUCAUCCACAGCUUCGAGCACCAAUCAUCGAUAUUCGAUGAUUUCCAGCACUACGAGAAGCGCCAGAUGGAGGAGGACACACGCAAGCACGAGGCGCCACCACCGUCGAACCAUUCGUAUCACAACCAGCGUGAUCGACGGGAAAAUCAGGCGGCAGGUGGUCACUACUAUGAUGGACCCGGUGGUGGUGGUAAGUAUCACGGCGCUGGAGGUGGUGGCUACAACAACAAAUACAAUGACCGUAGUGGUGAUGACGGUUACGACGGAUACGGUAGCCGGGCUGGUGGCGGCGGCAGUAGCGGUGGUUAUCAUGGAGGAUAUAACAAAGGAGGUAGCAGCGGUGGUUACGGAGGUUAUAAUAAUCGCAGCAGCUACAACAAUCGGGACGACGCGGGACGCGGAUAUCCGAGUUUUGACCGGCGUAACAACAAUGGCAACAGUGGCGGUAGCAACAAUAAUGGUGAAGAUCAUCAUGAUGCAUCCGCUCCCGGAGGAGGAGCUGGCGGUGGAUAUCACUCGCGCGGCGGUGGCGGUGGUGGUUACAACAAUCGCUCUCGAGACUAUUAUCGCGAUGAACGCCGCGGACCGAACGACUACGGACGCUCGCGAGGCAGCGACUACGACAAUGGUCGUGAUAGUGAUGGUGGCGGUAUCUACCGAAGCGGAGACCGUGGUGAUCGAGAUCGAGGUUCCUCGCGGGAUCACUUCCGGGACCGCAACGAUCGCAUGAUGGGUCCUAGUAACAGCCGUGGCGGUCCUGGCAGUAACGGCAGCGGUUCCAACAUCUAUAGAACCCCGAACUAA